AUGCCGGUUCUUCACAUCAGCCGCUUGCCGCGCGACCAGCGCCAGCGCGACUGCAGCGACGUGACCACGCCGUCACCCCUCCAGCUCUCUCGACAGCAGUACGAGGAGCUCAUGGCCCAGCUUCACCGCUGCUACCCGCUGCGCAUGGGCACUUUGGGCGCCGCGCUACGCGCGAGCCAGAGCUUCAAUGGCAGUCAACAGGAGAAUGCAGAGAAGGAGAAGGACCUGCUGCUUUGGGCCUUCGCCUCACGCCCUGAUCCUCGGCGCGCCAGCGUGUUCCACCUUGACGUUGCUCGCCUCGCUGAGCUUGUCGACAUCGAAAACGGCGUCGAGUUCAUCAUCCCAGAAGGCAGCAACUCGGCCGCACCUCAGCCGCCCGCCGUCGUCGUCCCUCUACCUGCGCCUCAGUCCGUCGUCGCUCCGCCCGCCGCGCAGCCUGCCGCUCCGCAGCUGGCCGGCGGCAUUCAGCCCUUCGUGCCCGCGCCUGCGCCUCGCCCACCCGAGGACUCCGAGUCGGACUCCGAGUCCGACGAGCUCAGCAGCACGCAGGUGUCGUCGUCGAUGGCCUCAAGCCGACGACCUGUGCGCAGGCGCACGUCAGCCGUCAAGCCGGGCAAGCCAAGCGCCGCGCCAGCAGUGCGCGCCGCCGCCGUCAAGCGACAGCGUCGCGUCGCACCCACGGUCGCCAAGCGUCAGGCUCAAGCGCUGAAGAAGGCAGCGCUCUCAGCCGCUCUUCAGCAUGCUCAGCAGCCUGCCAGCGGCUCAGGCGGCGCAGGCUCAGCCACACCGGACGCAGAAGCCGCUCCGAUGCUACCCAGCAACACCUCGUCCGUUGGUGAGAUGAUGCGCAUCCUCGCAGCUAUGGGCUGUGGCAUAGGCUGCGCUGCCAGCCUCGUCGAUGACGACGAGCCAGACAUUCAAGGGCUGACUGCAAGAGAUCGACGCCAACUGCGCAACGAGCGCAAGGCGGAGGGCUACCAGCGCUACACCUCGGACGGCACCGUCAACGUGAAGCGCGCCGUCGGCGUGCUGUGGAAGCUGUCGCAUGCCGUGCUCAAGAAGGACCAGAGCCAGCUGCACGCCUCGACGCGCGAGGUCAUCAAGCAGGAGCUCUGGCUGCGCAGCGAGGGCGGACCGUGCAGCCUCGAGCGGCUCAUCUACUUUGUGCUGGCAGCCGUGCACGAUCGCAACGAGCAGCUGCUCUCCCGCUUCGACAACCUGCUGCUGAGCGACGACAAGAUCAAGGUCGUUGCCAACGGCCUGCUCAAGCUCGUGAUUGGCGCCGGCACGCUCGCCAUCCUGCCCGUGCUCGCCGCAGCCAGCUUCCGUCAGACACGUCUCUGCCAGCUCUCCUUCACGGCACACUACAAGUGGCUGAUGCGCUUCAAUGGCUCGUCGUAUGGCACGGAGCUGGAUGAGCUGCGCGACACGUUCCUUCUGCCUGUGCUGAGCAAGAUGCACGAGUUGCUGCCGCAGGAGUGGAUCUGCCUGUCGGAGCGCAUCAAGCUCAGCCAUCACACCGUCUUCGGCGCCGCCGUCGUCAAGGGCGAGAUGCAGAGCUACGCGCAGGAGUACCAGGCGUGGUACAACCAAGAGCCUGGCGCGCGCAAACCACUCCGCCCGGACCACACGCCAUGGCGCCUCUACGGCGUCGACGCUCCCAACGCGCUCUAUCGCCCUCUGGUGUCGCACAGCGCCGUAGCCGUCCUCGACGGCGAGAGCGCGCUUCAGCUGCCCUACAAGCACCUGGGCCUGGACAAGGUGUUCAACCCGGAGACGCGGCCCAUCGAGCCGCUGCCCUUCCCCGAGCGCAGCACCUACAAGCUGUCAGUGCGCAUUCUCGUGCAGCAUGAGCUCGUGCAGCCGCAGCAGCCGCCGCAGCCGCAGCCGUCGUCGGCGUCGCAGAGGAUGCCGCCUCCAGCGCCGCCGGAGUCAACUCGCGCCUCGUCGCCCGCACUCAGCAUCAGCGAGUCUCUCGCGUCUCUCGCCCGCAAGCGCAUCGGCUCGAGCAGGCUCAACCCUCUGUUCCGCUAG